AACACGUCAAUCCAAUUUUCCUUCACCGAAUUUCCCCCAAAUCAAUCGUCAAAUCAUAAGAAAACCCUAAUUAUCUCUCACAUCGCAAAUCACCAACCAUGUCGGUGACCGCAGGUGUCAGCGACGCCAUUAUCGCCAUUAGAGAGAAGCUUCGAGGUAAGAUUGGUCAAACCAAAGUCAAGCGAUACUGGCCAGGAAAAGCUCCAGAAUGGGCCGACGAAGCUGAAGAAGACGCCGAUCUUCGCACUUCUUCUCGUCGACAAACCCUAGAAGAAGCGUUUCCGUCGAAUAAUGAUUCUUCAUUUGGUCGCGCCGAUGAUCCUCGUCUUCGACGAUUGGCGGAGAAUCGCGCUGAAAAUCGGGAGGAAAUUCGCGCCGAUCACCGGAGGAUUCGGCAGGCGGAGAUUGUGUCGACGGUAGAGGAAGAAAAUCGCGCAGAAGAAGCUGCUGCGGAGGAAGAAGAUGAGGAUGCGUUGGAGGAGAAGAGGAGGAAGAUAAGAGAGAGAUUGUUGCAGAGGAGACAAGAGGAGGAGAGACAAUUAGCGCCAAUUGAGGAAGAAGAUGAAGAAGCGGAGGAUGAAGAAGAGGAGGAAGAAGAAUCGGAGUAUGAAACGGAUUCUGAGGAGGAAGAGAUGAAUCGUAGAGCAAUGGCGAAGCCAAUAUUCGUGCCGAAACAAGAGAGAGAAACGAUUGCGGAGAGGGAGAGAUUGGAAGCUGAGGAGCAAGCAUUGGAGGAGGCAGUGAAGCGGAGGUUGGAGGAACGGAAAGUCGAGACGAGGCAGAUUGUAGUGGAGAAGAUUAGAGAAGCUGAGGAGAUUCAGAAGAAUCUGGAAGCGGAAGCGGAUGUUGCUGAUGUUGAUACUGAUGAUGAGGUGAAUGAAGCUGAGGAGUAUGAGAGUUGGAAGGCGAGGGAGAUAGCCAGGAUUAAGCGAGAUAGAGAGGAUAGGGAUGCCAUGGUGAAGGAGAAGGAGGAGAUUGAGAGGGUUAGGAAUAUGACUGAGGAAGAGAGGAGGGAGUGGGAGAGGAAGAAUCCUAAGAAUAACUCCGCCGCGUCUAAGCAGAAGUGGAGGUUUAUGCAGAAGUAUUAUCAUAAGGGUGCUUUCUUUCAGUCUGAUUCUGAUGAUAGGGCUGGCACUGUGGGAAGUGAUGGCAUUUUCGAGCGUGAUUUUUCGGCUCCCACUGGGGAGGAUAAGCUUGAUAAGACCAUUUUGCCUAAGGUUAUGCAGGUUAAACACUUUGGAAGGAGUGGCAGGACUAAAUGGACUCACCUUGUUAAUGAAGAUACUACUGAUUGGAACAACCCGUGGACAUACAAUGAUCCUCUUCGGGCAAAGUACAAUGCAAAAAUGGCAGGGAUGAACAAACCAAUUGCAAAACCCAAAGGAAGCCGGAAACUGAAGGACUGGGAGCAGUAGUACAAGUUGACCUAGAAAUUUUAUAAGGAGUCAUCUUUUGUUAUCCCUCCUUUUUAGGAAGUAUUUGUGAAAGUGCAACAUAAAUCUUCAUAACUCACAGGGAAACACAAGAUCGUCUUUCGUUGUACAAUUCACAAGUGAAUAUACAGUAUUUAGGUGCUGAAUUUUGUGCUCGUUGCCGAUUCUUUUUUGAUUGGCUUUAUAGUGCAUAAAGUUUUAGACGUGGUUUCUACAUACUUUCUGAUCUGUUGGGGAUACUGUGAAAGUGCAACAUAAAUCUUCAUAAUUUACGGGGAAACACAAGAUCGUCUUUCAUUGUACAAUUCACAAAUGUGAGUAUACCAUAUUUAGUUGCUGAAUUUUGUGCUCGUUGCUGAUUCUUUUUGAUUGGCUUUCUAGCGCGGAAGGUUAUUAGAAGCUGUUUGUACUUGAUUUCUGAUCUAUUGGAGAUACUGACUGCCAAGCUGAAAAUCUUUGGAGCUUGGAAUGGUUCUCACUCUCAAAUCUUACUUAGACACCGACUGUUUCCAACGAUCAGGAUUUAUGUGUAGAAAUAAAUUGCAUGCGAAGCAUUUGCCUAAACUGGGCUUCACACUGGCUCUAAUAUUUGUUUUGUUGUUUCGUUUGUCAAAUUUACAUAAUA